GUGAAAAGUAAUUUCAAACGUGGAAACUUCCUUCAAUCUGCAGCCGAUUUACUACCUAUAUCAUUGACUCUCUCAGCCCAGUAAUCCAUCUAAUGCUAUUUUUCCCCGAGAAUGAGAAGGAGCUUUACUAAAAAUCCGAGGGAACUGGUUUUCUUCUUAGGAACAAUGGCUGCUCUCUACCAGAUAAGAUCCUGUUUUACCUUAGUGCUGCCAUGGCUUCUGUAUGCCUCACACUUUGCCUACUCCAAGACUUUCACCUAUGGUGAAUUCAACGAAUCAAGUAUAAUUCUGCUCAAAGAUGCUUCCAUACAUUCUGAGCGGGUGCUCACCCUAACCAAUCAAACCCUGCGUUCCAAGGCCCGUGCUCUGUACCCUACCCCAAUCACAAUAAAAGACAGUGAUAAUUCAAUGGUGUCCUUCAGCACUAGCUUUGUCAUGUCCAUUGUGAUUCCAUCCAAGGGUUUAUCAGGGCAUGGGAUAGCUUUCAUCAUGGCUCCCAAUAAAUCCAUUGUGGGAGCUGAAGAUUCACAGUACCUGGUACUCGCCACACCUAAAACCAAUGGCCUCCAGUCCAACCAUUUGUUUGCAGUGGAAUUUGAUACAAAUUAUAACCCUGAACUUGGAGAUAUAAAUGACAACCAUGUUGGAGUUAAUCUGAAUGGGGUUACUUCCUUUGUAUCACAGCCGGCAGGCUGUUGGAUUGACGAGGACCAUUUUCAGAAUUUGAGUCUGAAAAGUGGAAGGAAUAUUCAAGCCUGGAUUGAUUAUGACCAUGUUGAAGACCGGCUUAAUGUGAGUGUUGCAGAAGUGGGGUUGAAUAAACCUGUGAAGCCAUUGAUAUCAGUUACUGACUUCAAUCUUUCAAAAGUUUUGAUGGAAGAGGUGUAUGUGGGUUUUUCUUCUUCUACAGGGUUUUAUGCAGUUGAAAAUCAUUACAUUCUCGGCUGGAGCUUCAGUACAGAAGGAAAAGCACCGCCGCUGGAUCUCUCUGGUCUCCCUUCAUUCAUCGGAAAAAAUCGGAUGACAAAAUCCAGAGGCUUCGAGGCAGCUGUCACCGUAGCAUCUCUGGUUCUGCUCCUGAUAGCAGUUUUCUUUGCAUUUCGUGAACUGAAAAAAAUGAAAAAGAAAGAGUCCAUUGAAGAAUGGGAGCUAGAGUAUUGGCCUCAUAGAAUUCCCUACGAAGAGCUGAAAACUGCUACACAGGGUUUCUGUGAUGAGCAGCUGCUGGGCCGCGGGGGUUUCGGAAGGGUUUAUAAGGGCGUUCUGCGCACAAGCGGCCUUGAAGUUGCAGUGAAAUGCAUCACAAAGGAGUCCACAGAAGGAAUGAAGGAAUUUAUUUCAGAAAUCUCGAGCGUGGGUCGACUCCAGCACAGAAACCUUGUUCAAUUACGGGGCUGGUGCAGGAAAAAGAAACAGCUAUUCAUUGUUUAUGAUUACAUGCCAAAUGGAAGCCUGGACAAAUUUAUAUUCCCAAACCCAAAUGGCAAGAGAGUAGUACUGUCUUGGGAUCGAAGAUACGAGAUUCUGAAGGGCAUUGCUACAGGGCUUUUAUAUCUUCAUGAGCAAUGGGAUCGCAGGGUUGUUCACAGAGAUGUGAAAUCCAGCAAUGUGUUGCUCGAUUCAGAGCUCAAUGCAAAGCUGGGAGAUUUCGGCCUUGCUCGUUUGUACGACCACACACAAAAUCCACAGACAACUCGGGUUGUGGGGACUGUUGGGUAUAUUGCUCCCGAGGUCACAAAUACAGGGAAAGUUACUCCAAGCUCUGAUGUAUUCAGUUUUGGGGUUGUUUUACUGGAAGUUGGAUGUGGCAGGAAGCCCAUAGAUAUGUCCAAGGAUAAUGAACAGAUUGUUCUGAUGGAUUGGGUGAGGAAUUUGUAUCAGAAUGGAAAAAUCUUGCAGGCUGCUGAUCCAAAUCUUGAUGGCAUGUACAAUGUGGAAGAAAUGGAAAGAGUACUGAAAUUAGGGUUGUUCUGUCUUCAUCCUGUACCUGAAAAAAGGCUUGACAUUAAAACAGCACUGCAAAUACUGGAAGGUCAAACUCCUCUUCCAGCCCAUCAGAUUAUUUGGGCUUCUUAUGGUACAAGUCACAAAGAAUAUGUCCGUGUUACAGAUGAAGGAGAAACUGAUGGUCUAUUGUCUUCAGCUCCCAAGUCUGUGGAUACUGCAACUACUUCAACAAGCUAUUGUUAUGACAAAGAUCCUGAUUAUGAUGUUGGCAGAUGAUUUUCUCAGCUGUCUGUAGGCCUUGCCCUCAUGGAACUUUGCCUUCAAAUGAAGUGUUCUUGACAGAUAAUUCUAGAUUUUCCUUUUCUUUCAACUCGAGGUCUAAAAAAACCAUUUUCUUCCUAAUUGUAAAUCUCUUUACCCAACCCCAGAAGGUUGGAGGAUUUAUGUAAACCCUAUUUACAUUCUUUGUGGAAGAAAACAAUGCUUAAGAAAUUGUAAUAUUGUAAUA